AAGCCAUUUAAAAUAUGGACUGGGUAUUUAACAACCAAGUUUCACCAGUUUACCCAGUAAGUGCUGCUUUCACAUUUUUUCGGAGCAUUUUUAAUUGGUAUCUCCCUGUUAUCGCUGUGAUAAAUGUAUCUCGUUUUGUUAACAGCAAGAGUCAAGUCUAAAUGGAAUGUAUCAAAUUACAUAGAUACAGCUUGUGUUUUGAUUUUUUCAAAGCAAAAUGGAUGUGGUAUUUAAUGGUUUAGGCGACCCAUCAACAUGAUCCAGCAUCUCUGGGUUUAUUUUUUUCACGUAUUCCUUAUUCAUAAGAAAGAAACCAAUAGGAACACUUCAGCGUAAGGGCCAGAAUCCAGAGCAGAAAUGAAACCGAAAGUGAAACUUUCACAUACAAGAAAGAAAAACAAAAAGACAGCACACGAGACAAACUGAAGGCACAGAGGCUUGACAACAUGUCCAUCCAGUUCUGUGGCUGGGAAACCUACCUUGAUGGCCGGAAGCACUUAAAACCAGGGCAGCAGCCUGAGAGAGGCCAUGGAUACACUAUGUACCACGGGACCCACAAGGACAGCGCCCGAGCCAUCAUCACUUCAGGGUUCAGGCCGUCGGCGGGGGGCACUCUGGGGCAGGGCGUGUACUGCAGCCGGGUCAUCCAGAAGGCGAUGGGCUACCCUGGGAACUGCAGCCCCAAUGACAGGGUGGUCCUGCUGCUGAGAGUCAGGGUGGGGAGGGUCAAAAAGAUUGACGCGCAGAACUGGAACCUGGCGACCAGCUGGCAUCAGAACGGCUACGACACUGCGUGGAAACCCCCAUCCGGGGGUCUCGAGGAGGACUGCGUCUGGGACCCCAGCAGGCUCACCGUGGUGGGCAUCGCCCACUGCACGGACCCGGGUACCAAGAGCGACCUGGAGAUGCUGAUUAAGCAGCACGCCAAGAGCCAGGCACGGGCAGACAAGGGGACCCAGGGCAACUGCAAAGUGUGUGGGGAGGACGGAGGGGCGAGCCAUUCCGUCGACAAGUGCUGGGGGUGUGCUGAGAGGAUCUGCCCCUUCAUGGUGAAGCACGUCUGCAAGAAAAGAAGCUGAGAGACUGUGCCCUAACUAUCGGCUGCCAUUCAGAGGCACUGGGGACAUCUUAUGAAGGUGUUAGAAUUGAAGUGAAGGUGGAGCUUAAACAUUACUGUGGUCUGAACAGUAGCCGAGACACAUGGGUAGUGCUUGAGCUCCUGGACAUUAUAGCAGUUAUGCCAGGUAGCCUUUGGAUGUGGCCUUACUGAUUAAUCACUGGUGUGUGUAAGCGUUCCAGGAGGGUUUUUGACAAGCCUAGGUGUAAUGUCAACUGCUUCUGGAUGUUAACAAUUUAACAUAUUUAGCCAGCAGGUGACACUACAGCAUUUUCAAAGUUAAUAAUGUAAAAGCAGGUUUAAAAAGAAAAAUCCUAUAUUUGAUCACAAUGAAAGUAAUCUUAAAGACCAAUACAUAUCAGCUGUAAUAUGCAGGGUCCUGGCACAGAGUCUGAUGAAGUGAAAUGCCUAGACCACUAUGGAUAUGAGCAGCAGUUACAGAAAGUGACCUAAGUGUUGUUCCCGAAACCAUUACAUUUUGGAUUUCCCAUUUAAGCAAAUUGCUAUUUCCUGUUUGGUUCCCAGCGGAAAGGGUUGGCCGUUGCAAUUUAAAACUCCUUUUAAGAAGCCUGAAUUUAUACAAAUAACUUCAAAGUGCAUAAUGUUAUUACCGUAUUGCUUCGAAUUUAAGACGCACUUUUUAAACCAUUUUUUGCUUCUCAAAAAUAGCCUGCGUCUUAAAUUCGAGUACAGUAGAGAUGUGAGUAUUAAAAUCACCAACAUAAGAGAGCAACGUGACUGACAGGCAACCAUUUUCAAAAGAAGCAUCAUUAGCUUCCUGAGAAAUUCAAAGAGAAGCUUUUACAGCAUUUCAGCAUUUCUAACAAACAGUACCAGCUUGGACGGAUCGGAAAUGCUGAUCAGAGCCCCCGUAUUUUGCGACAUGCCAAGCAAUACCACAGUUCACAAAUUGGGAGAAAAACAGGUGUGAGUAAUCAUGACUGGAAAUGAGAAGUAGCACAUAACUGUAAUGCUCUCUGUGUGACAGCAGACGACCGCAAACUGCCUCCAUAUGCGUCUUGUUCACAAGACUGCCUGUUUGACUCAAUACUCAGUGCAAUACAUUUCAAUUCAGGUAGAGUGCUGUAUUGGGAACAUGGUUAGUAGAAUGCGCAUUCUGUAGGGUUACAUUUCCAGUUACUUGGCUGUUCCUUUUUAAGUGUUCUUUACUGGAACUUUUUUGAAUUAUUGUUAGCCUUUUCAAUAUGAUUGAUUAAAACGCCGAUGCCUAUUGAUUUAUAGGUUGAAAGCAUUACUGUUAUAGAAUAUUAACUACUGUACCAUGAUUGGAUUAGGGUGCUUUGAAAUGGUAAAUGAUACAUUUCUGUGUUCUAACCAAAGACUCCAAAGUUCAAAUAACCACUAUUGUUCUUGAAAUAAGUUUAUUAAAAUAAAAUAAAUAAAUCAAAACUCAAAUUGGAUAUAUGCGAGACUUGUUUUAUUGUAGCAAUGCAACAAAACACUUUUUCUGCUCUGUAGUUUUUGUGUAUUCCAAAUUAUUCCAAAAUGUGGUGGUUGAAAUCCUUCUGUGAAAUGUGUCACUUACAGAAGUGAGGUCGUAGUUUACUUCAACUAAAAGUUUAGCUGUGUAGUGCACGAUUUCUGAAUGCCAGAUUGAAUCUGUUAUUGAAUGAGCAUUGCCUAGACUGGACCUUAAUACCUCUGCUCUAUAACUGUUAAUCCAGCUUGUGUUUUCCCCCCCAGAGUGGUUUAUUUAUCCAGUUAUUAACAUUACUACACACAAUGUGAGGCCCGUGAAAAAAACAGGUUUAGAAAUUUGAGGGCAACAGAUUUUAGAUCCACUACUUUUUAGAUCCUUCAAAUAAACAGCUUUGUGGAUUUGACAUGACUAAUGUGGUUUGGGGAAGUUAACUGGGUGUGUUCUUCCUUUCUGAAAACAAUAAUUUAGAUUUGAUUGAAAAGCUUUGUGAUUAACAUGUAGAGAGGUGGGAUUGGUAUGAUGAAGACUGGAUUACAGUCUUGUAUAGCAAACCCUGCCCUUUGUUAUUGCAGAACUCCUGUAGAUGUUGCCGCU